CAAUGAGAUUCGUGAAAAGGGCACUUAUCAAAUCUUGUCUGAUUUGACUAAUACUUUUAAGAGACUCCAAGAAGAAGAAGCUGAUUUGUUGGAAGACACUAGAUGUAAAGAGGAGGAAUAUAUGGCAUUGCAAAAGACUUAUUACCAAGAAAGAGCAAUGUUUAGACGUGAAAUUGAUGAAGUUAUGACUAAAAUUGGCAAUUUGAAAGAUGAAAUUGAGGAUUUUCAGCAAGAAGCUGACAUCAAGCUAAAGUAUCUUCAAAGUUGGCAAAACGGAAAAAUCGAAAUGGAAAACUACACUCUCAAUAAAAAAGAAGAAAAAACUAGUGAAACUAUUUUAGAGUCUCAGCAAGAUUUAACAAAAGAAGAUAGAGUCCACCUGGAAAUUGGAAAUAUUUUUAAUGAAAUCGAUUUAGAUUAUCAAAGACAAAUAAAAACGUGGAAGCUGAAAUAUGAGCACGAUUUGAAAACUAUGAACGCUAAAAUAAUGAAUCUGCAAAUGAAGAAAGAUGAACAACAAGAUAAAACUGCAGCAAUGGUAAAGAAGUACAUUCAAAGACAAGAUCAAAUCGACGCCUACAAAGAGCACAAAGUGGAACAGGAAAAAUUGAAGCAGGAAAAAAGAAGAAAAGACAAUGCGGCUACAAAAGUCCAAUCAUGGUGGAGAGGUACCAUGAAUAAAAUUAAAUUUUAA